AUGGAGACGAAGCUAGGGGUGAGCGAAAUAUCGGUUAACCGCCCGAAAAAAUCGGUUAUCGGUCGGUUUCGACCACAGCGGCAAAGCCAUAGACGACGCCACGACGGUUCUUCACUUCUUCCUCGCCUCUCGGCUCUCACCGCUUCUAUGCCUAACGCCCUUCGCCUUCAACGACACUCCGGUCAGGCAGACAGGCAAUCGCUCCCUCAUGCGGUCACGCCCUCCGGCCUCCUACCUCCGACCUCGUUAGUCACUCCUCAGUCCUCACCUCAGCCUCGCCCUUCAGCCAAUCAUCCCUCUGCGGCUCUGCUACGAGAGAUCAACAUCCAUGGCUAUACACAGGCUGUCUACAUCAUCUGUCUUCGUCUACGUCAGGAGUGUUGUACAUUCACCAAUGGGGAUUAUGUAAAAUCUGGUUUGGCUGAGCUAGAGCUUUGGUGUUGCCAGGAUAAAGAGGAGGGAUUUUUGGAUGCUCAGUUCAGUCAGCUCCAGCAACAUCAGGAUGAAAGCAACGCUACUUUUGUAACCGAAGUUGUGACUCUCUUCUUUGAAGAUUCUGAAAGACUACUCAAUGAUCUCAACACAGCUCUCGAAUCUGUUGAACCAAGUGAUACACAAGCUGCAUGUAUAGGAGGGCAAAGGAAUGACGGACAGCAAGUGCAGAUUCUUACUCGUCUGGUUCAUUCCGGUAAUCAUAGUUGUCUCCAUUAUAAUUGUUACGAAGUUCCAUUUGUAAGUGAAAAUACCUCAAACACUGAUUUUUAUUCAAAAAGAAAAUUUCUGGACUUGAAGUACAGGGAAUUCUGUAGUGGUGUAGAUUCUGGAUCUGAGUCAGAGAAUCAUGACGAAGGUGAAAGUGAGUGUGAGAGUGGAUGCGUUGAAUCAAAAGCAGAUCCAAGGGAGGUGGAUAGGGUUUGUAAAGUGAUUGAUGAGUUGUUCUCGCUGGACAGAAAUAUGGAGGCCAUUCUGGAUGAAUGCGGGAUUAAUUUGACCCAUGAUUUGGUGAUUGAUGUAUUGGAGAGAUUCAAGCAUGCUAGAAAGCCUGCGUUUAGAUUCUUUUGUUGGGCUGCGCAGAGGCCAGGAUAUGUUCAUGAUUCAAAAACUUAUAAUGCAAUGAUGGCAAUACUUGGAAAGACUAGGCAGUUUGAGACUAUGGUGUCGGUUCUUGAAGAAAUGGGUGAGAAGGGCUUACUUACGAUAGAGACCUUUGUAAUUGCAAUGAAGGCGUUUGCUGCUGCAAAAGAGAGGAAGAAAGCUGUUGGGAUUUUUGAAUUGAUGAAAAAGUACAAGUUUGAAUAUGGAGUUGAGAGUAUCAAUUGUUUGCUUGAUGCAUUGGGAAGGGCAAAGCUUGGAAAAGAAGCACAGGUUUUGUUUGAGAAAUUGGAGCAUAGGUUUACACCAAAUUUGCAGACUUAUACUGUUUUGAUCAAUGGUUGGUGUAAGGUGAAGAACUUGAUGGAGGCUGGGAAGCUGUGGAAUGAGAUGAUUGACAAAGGUUUUAAGCCUGAUCUUGUUGCGCAUAAUAUAAUGCUAGAAGGGUUAUUAAGGAGUCAUAAAAGCUCCGAUGCAAUCAAAUUGUUUGAGGUGAUGAAAGCAAAGGGUCCAUCUCCUAAUGCAAGAAGCUAUACAAUUUUGAUCCGACACUUGUGCAAACAAAGGAAGAUGGAUGAAGCUAUUGAGUACUUUGAGGAAAUGCUCGGUACUGGAUGCGAGCCUGAUGUUGCCGUUUAUACCUGUUUGAUAACAGGGUUUGGCAAUAUAAAGAAGAUGGACCGAGUGUAUGGGUUGCUGAAGGAGAUGCGGGAGAAAGGGUGUCCACCCGAUGCACAAUUAUACAAUGCCUUGAUCAAAUUGAUGAGUAACCGACGAAUGCCUGAUGAUGUAGUGAGAAUAUACAAGAAGAUGAUCCAAAAUGGGGUUCAACCAACUAUUCACACAUAUAAUAUGAUGAUGAAAUCAUUCUUCACGACAAGGAAUUAUGACCUCGGGUGUGCAGUUUGGGAGGAGAUGAACUCCAAAGGAUGCUGUCCCGACGAGAAUUGUUAUACUGUUUUCAUUGGAGGGCUUGUACAGCAGGGGAGAUCAGUUGAGGCUUGUAAAUACUUGGAGGAAAUGAUAGAGAAAGGAAUGAGAGCUCCUCAACUUGACUACAAUAAACUUGCUGCUGAUUUCAGCCGAGCUGGAAACCCUGAUAUAUUAGAGGAGUUGUCUCAUAGGAUGAAAUUAUGUGGAAAAUUUGAGGUCUCAAAUCUGUUUGCAAGAUGGGCUGAGAUGAUGAAGAAAAGAGUAAAGAGAAACACCCAAUUAACUAAUAUAUGAUAUCUAGCUAGUGUUUCCUUGUGAAGUACAAUAUGAAUGCCUUGUUUAAGCGUUGUUAUAGAUAGGGUUUUGUUUGGUGAGCUAGGUUCCUGCUGCUGCACUCGAUCUCAAUCUGUGGAACUUGAAUAUCCCUCCGAAAAUGAAGAUAUUUGUCUGGCAGGCAGGCAGGCAGGCCUGCUCUAAUUAUCUCCCUACUGCUGAUAAUCUUUGUAUGAAAAGAGUGCAAUGCUCUUCCAAAUGUAGCCUGUGUAGGAGGAACUGUGAAACCAAACCACUGCUCAUCUGUUCAUCUCAUGCGAGUUUGUUGGCAAUGUAUUGAAGGCAUUACUGGUAAUGGAGGGAUGCAGUUUGCAGAAUGGGUGGAAUGUACAAAAGUUUCUAUUUGUUUGCUGGAAGAUUUGGUUAGUAAGGAAUAAAUUGAUCUAGAACAACACGGCCUGUCACUCAUCACUUGUUAUGGCAGAAGCUAAAGCUCUCCAAGAGGCAUGGGGGAAAUUUCAUAAUAGACUGGUCAUGUGGAUGAGGCAGCUUGGGAGAAACCCCCUACAGGAUAGCUUAAACUAAAUGUCGACGCAGCCAUUGAUAAGGGCUCCAACUCUUCUGGUUUGUGCGUUCAAUAUUACCAAAAACCUCCCGGUUCCAGUUUGAAAGGAACUAUGCAAUGAGUUGAUCUCGUUUAUUCUUUAUUUUUGAGAAAAACAAACUUCAUUAAUUCAAAUCAAAGGAUUUAUAAA